CGAAAGUUCUCGCUUCCGGUGUACCACACUUCCGGGCACGGCUUCUCUUCCGCCUGCUGGGGCGAGUUCCAGGUUGAGGCCGGAUGCUGCGGGUGCUGCGUGGCCUGCGGGGCGUGGCGCUGCACGCAUCUUGGUCGCCUGGACGAGCACCCCCGGUCAAGCCUGUCACCCGCGCCUUCCCAGCACAGCGGCUGCAGAUGAGGGAGUCCCCGAGUUGAGUGUCUCGGCGAUGGCUACUCCCUGGAGGUGCGCCCUGUUGAUGAUCCUGGCGUCCCAGGUGGUGACCCUGGUACAAUGCUUGGAAGAGGACGACGUCCCGGAGGAGUGGCUCCUUCUGCACGUGGUCCAAGGCCAGAUAGGAGCCGGGAAUUACAGCUACUUGCGGUUGAACCACGAGGGUAAAAUUAUUCUCAGGAUGCAGAGCCUCAGAGGGGAUGCGGACCUGUACGUGUCCGACACCACUCUGCACCCAAGCUUUGACGACUAUGAGCUGCAGUCGGUCACUUGCGGCCAGGAUGUGGUCUCUAUACCGGCGCACUUCCAGCGCCCGGUGGGGAUAGGAAUUUAUGGACACCCCUCACACCAUGAAAGCGACUUUGAGAUGAGGGUGUACUCUGACAGAACUGUGGAUCAGUACCCAUUUGGAGAGGCUGCCUAUUCUGCUGACCCCACAGGAGCCAGUCAGAACCAAGCUUAUGCUCCAGAGGAGGCAGCCCAAGAGGAGGAAUCGGUCCUCUGGACGAUAUUGAUUAGCAUUUUGAAAUUGGUGCUGGAAAUUCUCUUCUAAACCUUUAUUUGCACGGAUCGACUGGUUUGCCGCGGACCUUGUUACUUGACCUGGUGAAAUUCUGGUUACUUUUUCUAGACUACGAUG